CUCAUCGAGUGGCUGUGGAACUAUAGAGGCUGGUAUCCUGCCCUAAUCCUAAUCGAUAAUAUUGCGCAGUCAUAGAGGCUGGUAACCUGCCUGCUGUGCAGGCUUGUCAAGGACUACGUCACUUUCCGCUUGCUAGAGGAGUCUUAUUAGUCUUUUGUCUUUCGCCAAAUCUCGACCGUUCUCACAAUGGAAAAGCAUAUCACUACCCUGCGAUCAUUGCAGUAUCGGCCUCUGAUAACUACGUUUGGGAGAUCGUACAGCUCUAGGCCCUUCUUCCAUAUUCCAAUUCAUUGCUCUACCCUUCCCCUCUCAUCCCCCAUAUUACGAUUGUACAAUCCACACCGGCCGCUGCAUUUCACACCAUUCCCAUGGCAGAAUAAGCCAUAUUUGUCUCCCCACGAGUCCCUUUCAGAGGAAAUGCCCCCCUCAGGCCUAGUACUACUUCCGAGCGGGUUAAUUACUCGGCGGCGCCGCAGCCUCUCAAUUACGAGCUCCCCAUUAUUUGAUGCGGCGAUAACAACCAUUAUUGGUCUCUCCAUAGUGUUCGUUAGCGGUGUUGCCUACGUGGCCUGGUAUAAGAAUCGAGUCCUAGAGAAGAUUGAGGAAGCUUUUUCUCCCGGUUAUGAUCCUGUGUUGGAGCUUGCCGAUCAUAGUGAUGCGAAAGGCAUCUCUGUUUCGGGAGAAGGGCAGCAAGGGGAUUACAUGCGACGACCCGAACAAGACCUAAUCGACAGCAUCAUGCGAGGACACGAAAUUGGACAUUACUUUAUGCUUAUGGGCCCAAAGGGAUGCGGGAAGACGAGCAUGAUGAUUGACGCUAUGAGAAAGACCCAUGCUGACGGCGUCGCUUUUUGCGAAGCCCACGAAGAUAUUGAAGUUUUUCGCCUCCGGCUUGGCAAGGCCAUAAACUUUGAAUACUUCGAGGACUCGCAGACAGGGUUAUUCCAGCGACGUGAUCCGCGCGAAGGAGGGCCUGCCUUAGACAUAGAAAGAGCCUUCGCUAAAAUCGAAAAGGUGGCUCUGCGGAUGUCUGAGCGGCGCGGAAAACCCUUGAUCCUUUACAUCAACAAUAUACACAUGUUCAGGAACAGUGAGGAUUCGCACAGGUUGCUUGUCCAGAUACAGCAAAGAGCGGAAAGCUGGGCUGCAUCUGGUAUCGUUACGGUGGUUCUCAGCACAGAUGACUUCUGGCCUUAUCCGGCACUGAGGAAGAAUGCGACUCGAAUGCAGAUAAUUUCUGUUCAUGAUUUACCUUCUCGGGAAGCUCUGCGUUCUCUUCAAGAGCUACGGAAUAAGGUACACAGCCGACGACGCGCUCUCUUCCCUGGUACGAACCAGGAAUUGGAACCCACGGACAUUCUCUGCGAUGCUCUAAAAAUCACAGGCGGCCGGCUCUCUUUUAUUGCUAAGUUGGCACGCUCCCCGACCGGAGACGCUCUCAAUGAAGCACGAUGUCUGGUUGCCGAUGAGAAAGCCUGGAUGCUUAGUCGCAUCGGUCUCAUUCCAGAUUGCGAUGAUGACGUGAUGGACGAACAAAAGUGGAGUUCAUGCAGUUGGCUUCUAAUGCGCGAGUUUGUCAGAAUGAGGAAAGAAGAGGAGGAGAGGAGAGAGGAACUACUCAGACAAGGGAUGACGGAAGAGGAGCUGGGGGAGCUGGAACUGCCGAAGAUCCCAUAUUGGAGGUGCCGGCAAAUAAUGACUCGGGCGGACUUUCUCGAAGAUCUUGAUAAUUCUAACCUCAUAUCGAUCGAUAUUCAACACAAUGUACGGCCAGACUCCGCUUUGGUCCUCCAGGCGGCCCGUGAAGUUGUUGAAGAGGAAGGGUUCGAUGAGAUUCUUGAAUCAGUUCGAGAACGCAUUGACGAAAUCGAGAGUCUUCAUCGCACCCGCGAAGUAGCGUUUAAGGAUGUCAAGGAUGGUGAUCGAAUCAAGUUAAUAGUUGACAAGAGAGGGAAACAUCCUUGGUGGUAAUUUCAAGUCUAAUUGUGUUCGAUACUCCGCAGUCAAGCCAUAUUAUGUAUUUGGAAAGUCCUGAAGUGCAAGUUGUUGUCAGUGGCGCUUAACCCACAG